CGAGUUCGUCGAGGUCGGACGUGUCGUCGCUUCGUUCGUUCUAUUUUCUUACGUCAAAACGCGUGGCGCUACUACGAUUUGUAAAUUGUAUCUAUUAUACGGAGGCACGCUUAAACGUUCGGUGUAUUUCUCAUUUUAUUUCAUACUUUCUUUUUCUUUUAUCUCUUCGUAUUACCAAUUACUAUCAUUAUCACUAUCGUUAUUAAUACUAUUAAUAUAAUUAUUAUUAUCGUUAUUAUUAUCAUCAUCAUCAUUAUUAUUAUUAUCAUUAUUAUUAUUAUUAUUCGUGAAAAGUGUGUGUUAGUGCGACGAAGUAAAGUGUCAUCGAGAAUCUUCAAUCCUGUCGAGUCCACGAAGAAAGAAAGAAAGAAAGAGAGAGAGAAUCUUUCAAUCUUUCAACUAUUUUUCGAUAUUAAACAGGAGCGUACCGUUCAGAAGAAUUUCAUCGAUUUCAUAAGAAAAAAGAUGCUGCGGUCGGACAGAGUACCAUCCUCUGCAUCUGGGCGGCAAGAUUGCACUCCGAUUAUGAUGUGAUUCCGUGACCGUGGAAUCGUCAGGAAGAGCGAGGUCCUCGCAAUGGAGGCGGGACCGAAUCAGCAAUCUCAGCAGCAACAACAACAACAACAACAGCAGCAGCUACAGCAGCAACAACAAGCUCAGCAAGGAUCACAACAACAAUCCGCAGCUAACGUUUGCUCGGGCCAGUCACAAUUGGCCAGUUCUCAGAUCGCCAUUGCUUCAGGCCAAUCCCAAGGUCAUACACAACAAGAUACCAGUGGUAUUGCCGUGUCAGAGGCUGGACCAGUCGAGGAAGGUGUACUUCUUGCUAGGGUUCACGUACCGGAACUCUACGUUAGCAAGUGUCUUCAAUUUCCUAAGGAUCAACUCGUUUGGGACGUGAAGCAACAAUGUCUGGCAUCUUUACCCAAGGUGGCCACUUGGUACAGGGAGCUGAAGGAGAGCUUCAAUUAUGGCCUCUUUUGUCCUCCAGUCAAUGGAAAGGCUGGAAAAUUUUUGGACGAGGAACGUCGCCUUGGCGAUUAUCCUUUCAAUGGUCCUGUUGGUUACCUAGAGCUGAAGUACAAAAGGCGUGUCUACAAGAUGCUACAUCUCGAUGAGAAGCAGCUGAAGGCGAUGCACACGCGUACCAAUCUACGAAGGUUGUUAGACUACGUAGCUAAUAGUCAAGUCGAGAAAAUAGCUAAGAUGUGCAGCAAAGGCCUGGAUCCGAAUUUUCAUUGCCAGGAGACAGGAGAGACGCCAUUGACAUUAGCGACGAGUUUAAAAAAACCAUCGAAAGUGAUCAUAGCCUUGGUUAAUGGUGGUGCCCUGUUAGAUUAUCGUACGAAAGAAGGUUUAACGGCAAUGCACCGUGCCGUUGAAAGAAAUAGUUUAGAGGCUGUUAAAACUUUAUUGGAAUUAGGAGCUAGCCCUAAUUACAAGGAUACCAAGGGUCUGACGCCACUUUAUUACAGCGUUAUCAACAAAACAGAUCCGAUGCUUUGCGAGACAUUAUUGCACGAUCAUGCUACUAUUGGGGCACAGGAUUUACAAGGGUGGCAAGAAGUUCAUCAGGCUUGCCGAAAUAAUCUGGUCCAACAUCUCGACCAUUUACUAUUUUAUGGUGCCGACAUGAACGCACGUAACGCGUCUGGUAACACCCCGUUACAUGUCUGCGCUGUUAACAACAAUGAUUCCUCCUGCAUACGUCAGUUAUUGUUCAGGGGCGCACAAAAGGACAGCCUGAAUUAUGCGAAUCAGACACCUUAUCAAGUUGCUGUUAUCGCUGGUAACAUGGAACUAGCAGAGGUCAUCAAGAAUUAUCAGCUCGAGGAAGUUGUACCAUUUAAAGGGCCACCUCGGUACAACCCAAAACGACGAUCAAUGGCAUUCGGUGGAACGUCAAUGAUGUCAACGAGCUGUUCAGCUAGCAAUCUGGGGACCCUGACUAGGAUACCAUCAACGGAACAACAUGCCGCUGGUGGAUCUAAUACUGGUAGCUUAACACGUACGAUAUCAGUGGAACAAUACUCGAGUACUGGUAACAGUUUAACAAGAGUACCAUCAGCUGAUCAAUACGUAACUACAACAACAACGGCAACAACAACAACGGCUAGUCUAAACAGAGUAUCUUCUGCGGAUCAACAAUAUGUUAAAAGUGGUGGUAUAACAGUUGAGCAAUAUACAACUGGUACACUUGUUAGAGUACCAUCAUCCUCAUCAUCUUCCUCUUCCUCUUCUUCCUCUUCUUCUUCUUCUUCGUCAUCGUCGUCGUCUACUUCGUCAUCUUCUUCUACAACAGCCGAACAACAACAACAACUACAACAACAACAAAAUCAACAACAAAACGAUCUUACUACCUUGACCAGAAUAAAUCAUCCUCCGUCCACGGAAUCAUCAACAACAACACCGAUCCUAGUUGUUGCACCAGUAAAUACAACUGUUGUCAAUCGAGUACCGUCCAUCGAAGCUACCAGAAAUGAUAUACAAAGAAUACCGUCCGAACAACAACAACAACAACAACAACAACAACAACAACAACAACAGCUACAGCUACAACAGCAACAACAGCAACAACAUCAACAGCAACAAACGUCGCAAUCCUCGCAAAUUUUACAACAUCAUCGUAAUCAUCAUCAUCAUCAUCAUCAUCAUCAUCAUCACCAUGUAGCUACUAUCAGAACGACUGAACAACAGAACCGGCAUAACUCCGAGUACCAGAGUCCAAAUUCACUGAGGGAUCCAAACGCGAGAUUGCCGAUGGAGAACUAUCAGAACAUAAGAAUGGAGGGCCUGACGAGGCUGCAGGAACAUCGGCUCGAGUUGCAACACCGUUUGGACAUUCACAGGACAAUGGAGAUGCCACCAUCACCGUCCCCCAGUAGCAGAAGUCUUGCACCUUUCAGCUCGGCUAGCUCGAGCCUAUCAGAAGGCAGCAAUCAACCGUCCGGUGAAGAUUCUGCUAGCAUUGUUACAGACAAAAGUCUUGGAGAUACAGCGUCCGACGUGAUCAGUGAUAGCUCAGGAGUUGGUACCUCGCAAUCGGACACUACCAAUUCAUUAUCGAUACCCGGAACUACUGUCGUCUGUGUUGAAAGCUAUAACAGUGGGAUACUUGGACAUUUGACGAUUAAUCAAGGAGAUAUUCUUGAAGUUACCGGUGCUACAGAUUGUGGUUUACUCGAAGGAGUAUUACGUGGCCAAGGUACAGGAUUAUUUCCAGCACAUUGCGUUCAGGAAGUUAGACUACGUCAUACCAAUAUCCCAUUGGGUCCGCAACCAACCAGAGAUGGAAGAAAUAGGGUACUUGGUCGUAGAGAGUCCCAACACAAAUAUUUCGCUACCGCGCCAAGAUUGAAGAAACCAGUUACUUCUGAGCCGCGUACGGUAGUCCUACAUCGUUCGAGGAAAGGUUUUGGUUUUGUUUUACGUGGUGCCAAAGCUACGUCACCGUUGAUGGAACUGACACCAUCAGCGAGAUAUCCUGCUCUGCAAUAUCUCGAUGAUGUUGAUCAAGGUGGUGUAGCCGAUCUUGCUGGUCUCCGUAAAGGAGAUUUUCUUAUCCAAAUCAACGAAGAGGAUGUGACAACAGCAUCUCACGAGCACGUUGUCGAUCUGAUCAGAAAGUCGGGCGAGUUGGUACGAAUGACAGUUGUCUCGCCAGUGAUCAGCCUUCCAAAUUCUCAAUCGGCAGCCGCAUUGCCGACUAGUCAACCUAUUCAAAGACAGUAUGCAACAUUGCCGCGUAAAGGUAACAACAAUGUGCCAAUUGGUGGAACUUUAGGUAGAUCACCAGCACCAAUGCCACCGCGUAGAGAUCCAAAAACAACGUUGAGCGUGGGCCGUGCUAGAGCGAGAUCUAUGGUCGCUGGAUUAGUAGAAGGCGGUGGGGAACGUGAUGACAGGGACGAGAUCACAUCGACCGGAGCUAAAUCUAGCAGUGCGGAAUCCAUUCAUUUACCUCAGCAACCAUCUACCGGGCCAAACACAGGUCAAAACACACCUGUGCAACCAAGAACAGCCAGUAUUAGAUCGAGGCCAACAUCUAGUAGAAUAACAGCCGCUGAACUCGAGGAAUUAUUUCAACGACAGCAAGGUAGCAACAGCGGCCAAUACAGUUCAUCGAUGAUGAGCUCGCACUUUCAAACUGGUCAAUCUACCAAGUCACAUCCUUCCUCGCCAGCUAAAACUGGCAGGGUCUAUGCUAGCGUAGCUGAAAUGAAACGAAAAGGAAAAUCGAACUCGAGAGUACGUUUCUUCGGUGGCUUGGGUGGCGGUUCCGAUCUCCACAGAGAUUUCCAUAGUACACCUGACCUGAACAUACAAGCACAAUCGUCUAUCUUGGUUCCAAAGGGUCAUAGAAGUCAAGAGGACGUUAAUGCGGUGAACGGUAGAAAUGGAUUGCCACCGCCUAAUCACCCCCCACCACCACCACCGGUUGGUCAAGUUGUUAAAGUGAACGUUGGGGCUAAUGUCCCUGACGUCGUUACGCCAGCUUCUGUUUACGAUAACAUGGCACAUAUCCAACAAGUCAAAGAAUUAGCAGCAGCUACGACGGAGGGUGGUUACGGCGUUAUGUCAAGUUUUCGACCGUCGAACAGCGCAAAAUUGUACGCCUCGCCAGAAGACAUGAAAACCGUUGGCUACCGAUCAAGAAGUUUACCAGCCCACGCUACAAGAUCACACGUUAGAAAAUCUCACAGUCUUCGUGCGCCCAACAACACGACGUUCAAGCCAACAUCGGUUGGACAACAACAGAGUACCGGUAACGCUACGGGAAAUAGUACUGGCAAUGGUACAUCUAUCAAUCUAUCUAAUACCAAUAACAAUCAAUACGCACAACCAUUGAAGACUAACAGGAGCCACAGUACAGCCGGUAUUAGAGAAAGGAAAAAGAAAGUGAUCGGUACGAGUUCCUCCGUGACAAAUUUAUCAUCGCUAACUAAUACCAAUGGCAAUGCCAAUGGUAACAAUAACAACAACAAUAAUAAUAACAAUAAUAAUAAUAAUAAUAACGGAUGCGGUGGAGGAGGUGGAGGAGGAGGAGGAGGAGGAGGAGGAGGAGGAGGUGGAGGAGCUGGUGUUGGUAGUGGUAGUGUCGUUGUUGUUGGUAAUGGCGGUGGUCCUGUUGUGCCGUCAUCAGCACCACCAAUACCAGAACCAGAUUACAGUCUCUCGGAAUCAGAAAACGAUGACGAAGCUGAAGAAGAUACAGACGAGGAAGUCGAAUCUGACAUAGCUAAGGAAUUAGAAAAGGCUGCGGCACGUGAUAAAUUGGAAUCGACUCGUGAAACCUCUGGUAAUUCGAACGCAUCCGGUUCGAGUUCAUCCGGCUCAAGUUCUUUGCCGCAUUCGUUCAGCGUCGAGGAAAUACAAAAAGUGAGGACCCAAUUGAAAUCGUCGAAGAGUCAUCCAAACGAUUUUCUAUUGCAACAAACUCAACAGUCUUUAGCCGAGGACGGUGACAACAGUUCGAGCGGAGUUAGCUCUGAUCAGGAUGUACCGGUAGGUCCUCCAAUGGGAUUCGACGAUACUACGACUGUUAGGAAUCAUCCUAACGAUAUUAAUCAACAACAUGCUGGUGGUACAUUGUUAUCAGUUGGUAACAAUGAUAAAGAAUCUGGAAGUAACUCGAAGCGUACCGGUUAUGGGGGUAGUGGUAUGUUAACCAGGCAUGCUGUUAGCCUUGCGCAAUUACCACCACCCAUUGAGGCAGAUUCUGAAGAUCAAAACAAUGAUUUAUUCGUACCACCACCUCCAGAAUUUAACGCUGGUGGACCCUCAGCUGCCGCUGCUGCUGCUGUUGCUGCUGCUGCGGCUGCAGCGGCCGCUGCUGCUGCAGCUGCUGCUGCUACUGCUGCCGCCAACACCUCUAACGUUGCCAAUGCGGACGAACUGGUUUUUGCUCCGCCACCACAAUUUUCUGACAACAAACAACAGCAACAACAGCAACAACAGACCCAACAAAAUCGUGUCAAGAUUAUUGGGGCUAUUCCUAAAGUAACUGGGAACCAAGUUAAAGCUUCGGCCGGACGAUUACAUAGUCAAUGAAUUAAUCCGCAAAAUGUAUAACACACAUGUACACGCACACACACACACACAGAGAUACCCAGUCAGGCAGAUAGACAGACAGUCUCUGUCGUUGAAAUUUUCAAUUUUUGAUAUGAAAAGUCAAUACUUAAAAUAUCGUAGUAGAAUUUUUGAUAAGCUCUCUGCGGGACGAUACACUUUUAUUUUCUCUUUUUUCUUUUUUUUUAUUACUCUUUUCUUUUUUCUUUUUUUGUUUUUUGUUUCUUCUCUUUUUUCUUUUUCUCUUCGUAGAUCGCUCUUUCGCCAAGCCAGUCUUCUCGUGUGCUGAUUCUUGCGCUGUUACUUUUUUUUAUUUCUUUUUAUUUUUAUUUUUUUAUUUCUUCUUCUUUUUUGUUUUUAAGAAUAAAAGAGAGAGUAGUACUGGCCUAACGAAAAGAGACAGACAUGAAUUAAUUCUACUACAAAUGCAACUUCGAGACAAGCGAAAUUUUUUAAACGCAUAAAUAAAGGGAGAGGAAAAAGAAAAAGCAAAACAGAAAGGACGAAAACGCAAACAAAAAUGAUGAAAAUGAUGAGACAAAGGGGUGGUGGAAAGGAUAGAAAAUCGAGUUGAGUCUCUAUCAUAUAGAAACUUGAAGAAGAAAAAGGAAGAGGAAGAGGAAGAGAAAAGAAAAGAAAUUAAAACCAAAAAAAAAGAAUUAAUAAAUUAAUAAAUAAAUAAAUAAAUAAAUAAAUAAAUAAAUAAAUAAAUUGUAAACGAGUUGAAUGAUUGGUGAAUGAAUGGAUUUUUAGAAAAUCGUCGGUUUGUUUUUUCCAUGUUUCUACCGAUUAUUAUAUUAUAUAUAAAUAAAUAGAAAGAAAAGAAACCAACGGUAACAAAAUAAUAAUAAUAAUAAAAAAAAAAAGAAGAAGAAGAAGAAAAAAGUGAAAAAGAAGAAAGGAAAGAAAGGAAAUGAAGAAAGAAAGAAAAAUGUGAGAGCGUGUUGGAUUAUAUGAUAAUAUUAUUAUAUUAUUAUAUUUCUUAUUAUGAUACUCUCGUAAAUUAUCGAAUUUUUAUUAGAAAUUUUUUCUUUUUUUUUUUCUAGGGACGCGUGAAUUUUAUUAGAAAGCUGGUCGUCUUAGCCGAACGGUUCGCCCAGAAAAAUAAUUAACGAUACUGUCUGUAUUAAUUAUAAUAAUUAAUUGAUCAAUUACACAUGCGAAAAUAAUAAUUAAUUAUUUUAUUGUACAUUAUUUUUCCUCUUUUUUUUUGUAUUUUUUUUCUAUCUUUUUUUUUUGAAUCAUUACUUAAGUGACAUAUGAAAGCCUAAUUAUUAUUAUUAUUAUUAUUACUUUUAUUAAAAAAAAAAAGGAAAAAAAGUCAUUAGAAAUUAUUUGAGUUACUGUGUUAAUUUUUUUAUUAUUAUUAUUAUUAUUAGUAUUAUUAUUAUUAUUAUUAUUACCAUUAUUAAUUAUUAAUUAUUAUAAAAA